AUGAGCUCGGAGCGAAAUGGCACUUACAGUACCCUGGAGGUAGACAACAGGCUGAUUGUUGUGAGCGAGAAGGAUGGGGCCCUGAAGGCGGCGGCGGCGGGGCAGUACAGCGACCUACCAGAGAUGUAUGACGAUGCUGGCAAUCUACCUGAGGUCUACGAAACGACCAGUUACCGAAGGUUUGUGGGUGUUGCCCUGGGAGGCGGCCUCGGAGGAGGAUUGUCCAAUAAAUCCUCGGGAACAAACAAUACCUCAGACAAUAUUGGAACAAAUAGCUCGUCUUCGGGUGAAGAUUUGUCAGAUGAUGAUACGUCAGAUCCGAAUACUCUGUUACCCACAACACGCUUCACGAGCCUCAAUUACACGGACGAGAACGAUAUCGAGCAUUACUUGGUGCAUUACCAAAUGCGGUCGAAAGUAAUCUUCCAGUCCGCUUGGAAUUCUUCAGACCAGGAAUGGGUAGCAUCGCGCGUGACCAACGAAACCGUCACUAAGAAGGCCAUAAAAGGGACGCUACUUAAAGACGAACGAGAGGUAGCUACAACAUUUCCAAUUACAACUAACACAGCAACACAGCGCCGCGACUUCCACAACAGCUUCAUCCAAGAAGUCGUAAUCAGCAACCCCAGCAACAAGGACUGGCCCAACGGCGGCAUCAGCGGCAAACUGCACAUGAACAGCGACGGGGACCUACCUAACAACCAGUCUAACACCGACGCGCUGUACCUCACCAUCCUGAGCUCAAACGACUGGAGCCAGUCGCGGAUUUCAGAGACGGCGACGCGGGCGCCCAUGGCUAAUACCCGCUUGGCCCUGGUGCCGUCUGAUAAUGCCUCUGAGACCCAGGUCGCGCUAUACUAUACGCUCGCGACGGGGUACGUGCAGGAGCUCUUCUGA